AUGAGGUACCAGGUCGUCAAGCCUGAAGCAGACGAUGAAGCCGGGUGGGAGCAGCUUCGAAGCAGCAUACAGCAGGGCCAGGACGUAAGGAUGCAAGCUUCUGACAACGACGAGGAUGACGAUGCUAUGAACGAUGAGCAGAUCAAGGGUAUGGGAGAUCUAAGCAUACAUAACGACAACGAAGACGCAGAAGCAGAAUGCGAGGACAUUCGGGGAGAUCCUGCUCUUCUGUAUCAAUACGACAGGGGCGAAGAUUUGUCGUGGCUGACGCAGCUCACGCCGCAGAGAACUAAGAUCACAUAA